UGCGGGGCUGAGGUGGCCGAGGCCCCACGGUUGUCCCUGUCCCGCAGGCUGCGGCGUGCCUGCCAUCACGCCCGUCAUCCGCGGCUACAACCGCAUCGUCAACGGGGAGCCGGCGGUGCCCCGGGUCCUGGCCCUGGCAGGUGUCCCCUGCAGCGCUAUGGCAACUUCCACUUCUGUGGUGGGUCGCUGAUCAGCGAGGAAUGGGUGGUCACCGCUGCCCACUGUGGGGUCAGGACCACCGACACCGUGGUGCUGGGCGAGUACGACCAGGAGACGGCCUCCAGUGAUGUGCAGAGGUUGGGCGUCGCCAAGGUCUUCCGGAACCCCAACUACAGCGCGCUGACCAUCCGCAACGACAUCGCGCUGAUCAAGCUGGCCACCCCAGCGCAGCUGAACGCCCGCGUGGCGCCCGUCUGCCUGCCCCAGGCCACCGACGACUUCCCCGGGGGCCUGACCUGCGUCACCACGGGCUGGGGGCUCCUCAACGCCAACGAUGCAAACACGCCGGCCAUCCUGCAGCAAGCGGCCCUUCCCCUGCUCACCAACGCGCAGUGCAAGCAGUACUGGGGCUUCCGCAUCUACGACGUGAUGGUGUGCGCCGGGGCCGAUGGAGCCUCCUCCUGCUCGGGUGACUCCGGGGGCCCGCUGGUGUGCCAGAAGGACGGCGCCUGGACGCUGGUGGGCAUCGUCUCGUGGGGCAGCAGCACCUGCUCCACCUCUGUGCCCGCUGUCUACGCUCGUGUCACCGAGCUCCGCGAAUGGAUCGACUCCGUGCUGGCGGCCAACUGAGUCCCAAAUAAAGUUCCUCUCCCCUAAGAUGUCUUU